AUAAAAUUCUCGUGCAUUUCAAUCAGUCCGUAGCGGUGAUGCAUUGUUGAUCGUUGCCCGAAAAGCAGAGGAUGCAACUGUGAUGCAACGGAGAUUGCAUUUUUCAGUGGUUUACAAAAUCGGCAAUUUAACAGAAGCGGUCCGAAAGAAGAAAGAUCAAUCCAGGGACGUGUUCGUGUGUGCGUGUGUGUGUCCUAGUGUUUAUUUUAUGAGUGUGCAAAUGUUAUUUAGAAGAUAAGUUAUUUAAAAGAGAAGCCACAGUUUCCAUUGGAGAAGAAAGUGCAAGUGAAAAGAAAAUCACUGUCGCUAAAGGGCAGCGUGUGUAUUUAUGUUAGUGCGUAUUUAUGUGUCUCUGCGUUAUUGUGGGUGGGAAUAAGUGAACACACACAGGAUUUUACUGGCUUUCGGGAGAAGGAUUCUUACAUGAGGUCCCGCUCGGCUCCGGCAAAUCGUUGAGUUCUAGAAGAAGGUGCCUGAAAGCAUCCCGAUCAAAGCAAAGCGAAAGGAAGCUACUAUCUAGCAAAGGAGGCAAGCACGGGGAAAGCAUUAUCCUUACCAGCAUCAGGACGACGACGGCGAGAAGCGGAAGGCAUACAGCCACAAAAUGGAAGCCGUCGCAAAGCACGACUUUAACGCCACAGCGGAUGAUGAGCUGAGCUUUAGGAAAAGCCAAGUUUUAAAGAUUUUAAAUAUGGAAGACGAUAUGAACUGGUACCGAGCGGAACUGGACGGCAAGGAAGGACUGAUACCUAGCAAUUACAUAGAAAUGAAAAAUCACGACUGGUACUAUGGGCGCAUCACACGAGCGGACGCCGAGAAGCUACUGUCGAACAAACACGAGGGCGCUUUUCUGAUACGGAUCAGCGAGUCCAGUCCCGGCGACUUCAGCCUGUCGGUCAAGUGCUCGGACGGCGUGCAGCACUUCAAGGUGCUGCGCGACGCACAGGGCAAGUUCUUCCUCUGGGUGGUAAAGUUCAACUCGCUGAACGAACUGGUCGACUAUCACCGUACCGCUAGUGUGUCUCGGUCGCAGGACGUUAAACUGCGCGAUAUGGUGCCAGAAGAGAUGUUGGUGCAGGCUCUGUACGACUUCGUAGCGCAAGAAUCAGGCGAGCUGGACUUCCGACGAGGGGACGUCAUCACGGUGACGGACCGUUCCGACGAGCACUGGUGGAACGGCGAGAUCGGCAACCGAAAAGGACUGUUUCCAGCAAUAUACGUAGCACCGUACCAUUCAUAAAACAUAAGUAUUUUACUCGCCUACACCCGUACAUGCGUAGAAAACAAAAAGGAAAACACACAGCAACACAUACACAUACACACACACACACACAUACACCUCACAGCAACAUUAGUGACGCAAAAGGCGAAAGCCCGAGCGAGUCCCGGAUACAACCAGCAAAGCCAGAUUACUAAAAGAAAGCAAAAGCGAUGGAAGGAGGAAAACACUCUGAUAGAGGAGAAAAGCCGUGGUAGAGCCGUGAAUUCCGUAAACACCACCCUCGCCCAUCACCACCACCACCACCCACUCCACCUUCGCAGAGCAUAUAUGCCCCAAAAUGCAUUAUACAUGUAGAGUAUAUUUAAAGCAAGCAGGAAUCUAAACCCUGACUCUCUACGCACUCAUCGUCGAACAAGAUACCACUAGAAAGAUUCAGGAAUUCUGGAAGUAAAAUAAGCAAGCAUUCGAAAAGAAAAGAAACACUCGAAAAUAACAAAUCGCAUUGAGACGCAAAUGGACAUCUGCAAUCAAUAAACCACACAAUGGUUGGUUGGCAUGGCGUGGCCUCACCUAGACUUGAGCGUCAAGAGUUCAGUUCAAUCAAACCGUCGAUGUCGCUAAAAUGAGACGAGUGUGUCAUGUGGGGAAAAAUUAUAAAUAUUAUAUAUUUUUAAAAUGUGUAAAGAAAAGCAGUUCACGAAUGUCGAAUGAGUUAAAAUAAAAGGGAAAAACAUAACAUCCUAAAUUAAGCUGUAUUGAAGACGGAUAAACUGCUGACAAAGAAAAAAAGGUCACAAAAAUCGUGCCAACUGCUUUGGCAAAAGAUUCGAUUGCGUUGAUUGAUAGGAGCAAAAGUCUAGGGGUAAAGUGCAUUUGAGGUGAUUGAUUGCUUGACGAUAAAAAAACGAUGGGACGAUCGAACGAAAUCAAAAGUCUUCAAAUAAUCGGUAUUUCUCAAUGUUAAGGGAAAUGCGAGUGUUAUAGCGAUCCAUGCAACCGUGAACAGAAAUAAUAUCCAGCACAUUUUCAAUAUAUAUUCAUUGUGUAUAGGCACCAGAAGAUAAAAAAAGGAUGUUCCCACACUAACAAAUCAAAACAAGAUCAACCGCAAUUUCCACGGAAGUGAUCUUUCGUUGUCUUACAACUUCCUCAAAAACGUAUCAAAUGAAUCGUUUAUUUUUUGUUUGUUAUUCGUCCAUCCGCAUUUGUUGUAUAUUCGUUGCGCUAAUAUUUUUCUCUAGAAUCAAAUUUAGCAUUUUCUUGA